GCAACAGAUCUGUGUCAGCUAAGGCCACAACUGAAGAAGAUGAGUGUCCUCGGCUUACAACUCCUUUUCACUGUUUUGGCAGGUACCCUUGCAGCCUCAUCUGGACAUGAAAUCAUCAAUGGGAAGAAAGCCAGAGAUGGCACCCUGAAAUACAUGGCAUCAGUGCAGAUCAAUGGCACGCACAAAUGUGGCGGAUUCCUUAUCGCCCCCAACUUUGUGCUCACUGCAGCUCACUGUGACAAAAGUGGGGAGAUGACUGUUGUCCUUGGCACAACCAACAUUGAGGGAGAUGUAAAAAGACGACAAGUUCAACGCAAGAUUAAGCAUGAAUUAUUUAAAAGAUCUCAGGAUGGGAAUGAUAUUAUGCUGCUAAAGUUACGGCCUAACAAGAAAUCAGACGAGAAGGUGACACCAGUGAAACUCCCAAGUAAAGACCAAUCGUCCAAGGCAUCCACAAAGUGCUUGGUUGCAGGUUGGGGCUUUACUAAGGACAGCAGGGAGACUGCAAAGGACCUGCAGGUUGUCAAAGUGAAGACCAUUGACACAGAGGAGUGCAAGAGCGUGUGGAAGCAGGCAAGAGUGACUCUACCAGAGAAUGUGCUUUGUGCUGGAGGAUACGACACCCCGAAGGGGGCAUGCCAGGGAGAUUCAGGAGGACCACUGGUGUGCAAUGACGUGGCUGUUGGCAUUGUGUCAUUCAACCUCAGAGGUGACUGUAAUUACCCUAAUGUUCCCAAUGUCUUCACCAACAUCUCCAAAUUCCUCCCCUGGAUCAGGAAAAAAAUGAGAGCCAACUCUUAAAGGUAGAAGUCGUCAAUGUGGCUCAAGGUUGGUGCCGUUGUAAUUAAAUAAAUAAAAAUAAAACCCUUCUGUGCACCAUAUGUUUCUGAUAACAGGUUGCUAUUGUUAACACUUAUUAUGCUGGAAAAAACUGUCAGGCUUCUAGCCAACUUGUUUGUUUUUGCUUUAGAAAUAUAUAUUCACUCAUUAGAAGGAAUUGAUAACGACUUGAACAAAGAAAGUUUGCAGUGGAUGUAUAUUUUUAAAAGGCCGCUCUCCAUUAGAAUGCUGAGAUGUAUGUAACUUUCAGUCCUGUCUCUAUCUUUUCUAUUUGAGUCUACUUUGCAUUUCUUGCCACAACAAAUGUUUUACCAGUAAUGUUUCAAAACCAUGUCAGACCGCUUUGUUGUUUCUUGCACUUCUAAUGAAACAGAAAUGUGUAAAAUGACGCUUGAUACAAUUCUUUAUUAAUGGUUAUUAUUAUUAUACACCAAUUACAAGCCAAUUACUGCCUUACUGACUAAGGCCUUGGUAGCUUCUGAAGGACAAGACAAAUCAUUUCCUUACAGAUAGUUAAUAACAGAGGGUGGAUAGGACAUGAUGCAUAUUAUAUCACACCUAGGCACACAACUGCGUCACAUUCCACAUUUGAACCAAGGGUGGAGACCACCACAAAGGUGGCUGUUUUAUCAUGCCCAUCAUCUCAUCACACAGCAUGAACGUCAGUUUAACCACAUCACUCACAUUUUCCAACGGUCUUUUCCACCACAGCUAAGCCUGACUGUGGGGUUAUAACAAUAAGGGGUAGUAGUUUGGUCAUGGCAUGAAAAGCCACAUUUUCAUAAUUAAUAUUCAAUAUUUUGAGUUGGAUUUUUAAUUGUUUAUCAUCCUUUAUAAUCAAAACAAUACGCUCAUCGGCCACUUUGAUAGGCACAACGAUCCAACAACUCAUUGACAGAAA